AUGAACUGCCUCUUUUGGAAUAUUAGAGGGGUGGCGAAUAGGGCUUCAAUACUGGCACUUAAAAAACUGAUUCUCAACAACUCUUCUGAGUUAGUGUUUAUCUCUGAACCUUGGAUGAAGUGGGAGGAUUUUCCUCAACACUGGUUUGACAGGUUUGACCUUAAAUUGUUUGCAGUUAAUAGUAGGGACAAUCUUCUCCCGAAUCUUUGGUGUUUUUGCAAAUCUAAUUACAAUCCUGAUAUUAUAUUAAUUGAUGAUCAACACAUUUCUUUCACUUUGAAAAUGUAUGACACUAAUUCUGUUUUUGGAUUUUCUAUUGUUUAUGCUUCUACUAACUAUAGACAUAGGAGGAAUCUUUGGCUGGCUUUAGGUAAUAGGUCCCCUAACAUUCCCUGGACUUACUUGGGAGAUUUUAAUGCUAUUCUUAAUGCUUCUGAAUAUAGAGGUAGUCAUGUUUCUGCUAAAGUCCCUAUGCAAGACUUUCACAACUGGACUGACAGCAAUAACCUUAUUCAUAUCCCUACCUUAGGUAAUGCCUUCACUUGGUGCAAUGGCAGAAAAGGGAGACAUAGGACUAAAAAAAUGUUAGAUAGAGCCAUAUGUAAUAUGGCUUUGAUUGACUCUUGUUACUCUAUAGUUAGUAAUACUCUCACUAAAGCCAAUUCUGAUCACUACCCGAUUCUCAUUACUAUUAAGAGAGAUAAUUUGAUUUUCAAAAGUCAAUUCAAAUUUCAUAAAAUGUGGACUUUGAACUCUGACUGUGAUAGGUUAGUUAGGGAAACUUGGAAUGAGAAGUUCUAUGGCUGCCCUAUGUACAUCCUUGACCAGAAUCUCAAGCUCCUUAAGAGUAGACUGAAGUCUUGGAACAAAUAUACUUUUGGUAAUGUGCAUAUUAUAACCACACAGGCUGAGAGUAACAUCAAGAAUAUCCAAUUAGAGAUUGAGGAUCAUGGUUAUUCUGACAUUUUGCUUGAGAAAGAAAUUAAGGCUCAACAUGACCUUAAUCUGGCUUUAAACAUUGAGGAGGAAUUAUGGAAGGAGAAAUCCAAGCUUAAUUGGCAUCUUCAUGGUGAUAGAAACACUAAGUUUUAUCACACCUAUGCUACAAUCAAAAGAAAAAACAACCUUAUCUCUUGCUUGAAUAUCAAUGGUAAGCUUGAAUAUGACCAAAAGAUGCUGGAAGAUCAUAUUGAGAAUCAUUUCUUUAAGCUUUUCAAUUCCAAAAUGGUGUGGCAGGACUCUAAUCUUAUUCAAAGAGUUGUUCCUAACCUGGUGAAUGAGGAAACCAAUGACAUGCUAACUAGAAUUCCUAGCUCUGAUGAGAUCUACAAUGCAGUUACCAACCUUAACAUUAACUCUGCUCCUGGGCCUGAUGGGUUUGGAGCCUUUUUCUUUGUUCACUAUUGGAAAGUCAUUAAAAUUGAUGUUAUAAAUGCGAUCUCUCAGUUCUUUUUGCAGGGCUGA